AUGGAAAAAUCUUUGAUUUCAGAUAGAAUUUCUUCUUUUUGUUAUUGUAAUACAAGAGGAAUUUCAGCAAGAAACAAGGUGCAGAAGAUUCAGCUGACCAAAUUUUCCAUUCCAAGGCUUCCUAAUAGAUCUUUGGUGGCAGAAUUGAAUUAUGUAAAUAAUUACAAAAUAAAGGAUGAUCCAUACAACUCCAAAGUCAACAACAGUUCAAUAGCAUCUAACCAAAAUUCAAAGGAAGUUGUUAAGCUUCAUUUGAUUAUGGAAGUCAUAUCAGAUAGGUUAGAGAUGCACAAGAUUAUCGGAAUCCAGCGCGACAAUUGGAAUAAUCUUUUACUGUCAUCAAUUAACAUGAUGACACUUUCUGCUUCAUCAAUGGUUGGUCUUGCAGCGGUUGCUUCGACCGGAGGUGAAGCAUCACUUGUAGCAUUGAAAGUUUCUUCCACAAUUCUUUACAUGGCUGCAACUGGUUUACUUCUGUUCAUGAACAAAGUUCAGCCAUCGCAGCUUGCAGAAGAACAAAGAAAUGCUACUAGAUUUUUUAAGCAGCUUCAAGGAGAGGUAAGAACAAAGCUUGCUCUUGGGAAUUUUAGUGAAGCUGAUGUCAAUGAAGCAAUGAAGAAAGUUUUGGCAUUGGAUAAAGCUUACCCUCUUCCUUUGUUAGGCUCGAUGAUUGAGAAAUUCCCUCAAAUUGUGAAACCAGCAACAUGGUGGCCACAAAUGAAGAAGCAAAAAUAUCAAACAGAAAAAGGAGGAAAAAAUAAUGGAUGGAAUCUAAAGUUGGAAGAAGAAAUGAAGAAGAUCGUUAACGUUUUGAAAAAUAAAGAUAUGGAAGAUUAUUUGAAGUUGAGUACAAAAGUUUUGAUGUUUAACAAGAUAUUAGCUUUUUCUGGUCCAAUACUAACUUGUCUUGCAGCUUUUGGUUCUAUUUUUUUGGGUUCUGUUAAUGCACCUUGGCCUGUGAUGUUAGGGAUCAUAUGUGGAGCUUUGGCAACUGUUGUUAACACAUUAGAACAUGGAGGGCAAGUUGGUAUGGUUUUUGAGUCUUGUAGAGCAGCUAGUGGCUUCUUUAAGCUUAUGGAAGAGACUAUUGAGUUAAAUAUAAAUGAAGAAGAUCCUCUUAAAAGAGAAAAUGGGGAGUUGUUUGAAAUCAAAGUUGCUUUACAACUUGGUAGGAGUGUCUCAGAACUCAGAGAAUUUACUGAUGUAUUAUCUGAGGAUGAUGAUAAUGCUUGUGAAGAGUUUGCUAGCAAGCUUUUCUAG